AUGCGGAUGAACAAGUCGUUGACGCUUUUGAAGAACUCCACCAAGGGCGUCUUUGAAGAACUCCGUCUUAAAGGCGCCUUUGAAGAACUCCGCAAGGCGUCUUUGAAGACUCCGCCAAGGGCGUCUUUGAAGAACUCCGUCUUAAAGGCGCCUUUGAAGACUCCGCCAAGGGCGUCUUUGAAGAACUCCGUCUUGAGGGCGUCUUUGAAGAACUCCGGCGUCUUUGGAGAACUCCGUCUUAAAGGCGCCUUUGAAGACUCCGCCAAGGGCGUCUUUGAAGAACUCCGUCUUAAGGGCGUCUUGAAGAACUCCGUCUUAAGGGCACCUUUAAAGAACUCCGCCAAGGGCGUCUUUGAAGAACUCCGUCUUAAGGGCUGGAGAAGGCGGUCGAAACUCAAGGCGGUCUCUCACUUCUACAACAAUGGCACAGCAACAUAUCAUACGGAUGAACAACUUUCUCCCUUCGGGAAAGCCAAGUCGUUGACGCUUUUGAAGAACUCACUUCUACAACAAUGGCGCGCAGCAAUACGACUCCUUACAUCACGCGGAUGA